UAUUUCGGUGUGGAGUCUCUACGGGAGCAAUACUUUUUUCUAAGAAUGUUGAUAAUUUUAUUUAAUUAACGUAUUAUUUGCUAUUUUUUUGUAAUCAUUUUGAAUUACCUAAACAAGUUAUUUUAUAUGUUGUAAUUGUGUAUACUUAACAACGUUAUUAUUAUAGGAACGUAAACAUAGGCUUCGUUUGUAGUAGGCAAUCAAAAUGACUUCUAUUAUCAAACUGCAUGCUAUAUCUGGAGCAUUAGAUGAGUCUCCUCCAUGUUACAUUCUACAAGUUGAUGAAUUACGCAUACUAUUAGAUUGUGGUUUGGAUGAAAAGUUUGACCAAGAUUUUAUAAAAGAAUUGAAAAGACAUGUUAAUCAAAUUGACGCUGUUCUAUUAUCUUAUCCUGAUCCUUUACAUUUGGGAGCUUUGCCAUACUUAGUUGGAAAAUGUGGCUUGAGUUGUCCUAUUUAUGCCACUAUCCCUGUUUAUAAAAUGGGACAAAUGUUUAUGUACGAUAUAUUUCAAUCUCGACACAACAUGGAAGACUUUACUUUAUUUACUCUUGAUGAUGUAGAUGCUGCUUUUGAUAAAAUUGUGCAAUUAAAGUAUAAUCAAAGUAUAUCCAUGAAAGGUAAAGGAUAUGGUGUCACAUUAACACCCCUUCCAGCAGGUCACAUGAUUGGUGGAACAAUAUGGAAAAUAGUAAAAGUUGGUGAAGAAGAUAUAAUUUAUGCAGUUGAUUUUAAUCACAAGAAAGAAAGACAUUUAAAUGGAUGUGAAUUAGAAAGAUUGCAGAGACCAUCGCUUCUUAUAACAGACAGUUUUAAUGCAACUUAUCAGCAAGCUAGACGACGUACAAGAGAUGAAAAAUUGAUGACAAAUAUCCUUCAGACUCUUCGAGGUGGAGGAAAUGUUCUUGUAGGAGUAGACACUGCAGGCAGAGUAUUGGAAUUGGCACAUAUGUUGGACCAAUUGUGGAGGAAUAAAGAAUCUGGAUUGUUAGCUUAUUCACUAGCUUUAUUGAACAAUGUUAGUUACAAUGUAGUUGAGUUUGCAAAAUCACAAAUUGAAUGGAUGAGUGACAAACUGAUGAAAAGUUUUGAAGGGGCUAGAAAUAAUCCUUUUCAAUUCAAGCAUUUACAAUUGUGCCACAGUAUGGCUGAACUAAAUCAAGUUCCUAGUCCUAAAGUUGUGCUGGCCAGUACACCUGAUAUGGAAUGCGGUUUUUCUCGUGACCUUUUUUUACAAUGGUGCAGCAAUCCUCAAAAUAGUAUUAUAAUAACUAGUAGGACGUCUCCAGGAACACUUGCCAGAGAUCUUGUUGAAAAUGGAGGAAAUAGAAAUAUUGUAUUAGAUAUUAAAAAGAAAGUAAAAUUAGAAGGAGCUGAGCUAGAAGAAUAUUUGAAGAAAGAAAAACAAAAACAAGAGCAACAGAAACAGGAGAAAAUGGAUACUGCCGACGUUAGCUCCGAAUCUGAAGAUGAAAUAGAAGUAGGCGGUACAAAAGGAAAACAUGAUUUGCUUGUAAAACAAGAACAUAAACCGGGUUUUUUCAAGCAAAGCAAAAAACAACAUCCAAUGUUUCCAUUUGUUGAAGAAAAGAUCAAAGUAGAUGAAUAUGGAGAAAUUAUAAAGCCUGAAGAAUAUAAAAUCGCGGAAGUAAUGCCUGAGGCAGAGGAUAACAAAGAAAAUAUUGACAUGAAGCCAGAAGAAACACCUCAGCUAGCUCCAGAAAACGCAGUCGACAUUCCAACAAAAUGUGUUCAGAGCACUCGUACAGUUACGGUGAACGCUGCUGUAACGUUUAUUGAUUUCGAAGGAAGGUCAGACGGCGAGUCUUUGCAAAAAAUUUUGGCCCAGCUUCGGCCAAGAAGAGUUGUAUUAGUCAGAGGUUCUAAAAAAGACACUGAGUUAUUAGCUCAACAGGCGCAAAGCGUAGGCGCUCGUGUGUUUAUCCCAGCUAAAGGAGAAACAUUAGAUGCUACAACUGAAACACACAUUUAUCAGGUACGUUUAACAGAUGCUCUAGUUAGUGGAUUAAAGUUUUCACGAGGAAAAGGUGAUACUGAGGUAGCGUGGGUGGAUGCUUUAAUAACAGCUCGGGACCAAGUUUGUCGGGACGUUGUCAUGGAUGAUGAAACGGAAGAUAUGAUUGAUAAGACUGAAAAGAUUCUGACAUUAGAACCUUUGCCACUCAAUGAGAUUCCAAGUCACCAAACUGCAUUUAUUAAUGAACUGAAAUUAUCAGAUUUCAAACAAAUAUUAACGAAAGCAAACAUUAGUUCAGAAUUCAGCGGUGGUGUUCUAUGGUGUUGUAAUAAUACUAUUGCAGUAAGAAGGCACGAAGCGGGUAAAAUAAUUUUAGAAGGUUGCCUGUCAGAAGAUUAUUAUAGGGUACGAGAACUAUUGUAUGAGCAAUAUGCAAUUGUUUAGACCACUAACUCAUUAGUUAAAGUUGUAUAUAUGUAUUUGUCAUAUUUUUUAAAUAUCGCGGAAGAACGCGAUCUCUAUCGUGUGUAAAUUAAUUUUUAUACUGUAUUAUAAAACAAUUUUUGACAAGAAAAGAAGAAUUUUCGCUUGGUAUAUAGAUAAAAUAUCACGAAUAUUUCUUCAUUCUUCUGGUACCCAUACAAUAAAAGGAUUAAUGGGCUUGUUAAAAAGUAUGAGAUACAUUUUUAGGGUCUCAUUCUGAGGGCUCUAUGAUUUAAAAUAAGUGGAAUAUAUAAGUAAAUCAAUAAAAUAUAAAU